GUCUCCGGGUUAUUAAAGGCGACUCCAAAGUGCAUAAGAUCCUUGUUGUGUGAGGGUCAUCUCAGGAUGUUCAGGGUCUUGCUGCUCCUGUUGGCCGUGGCUGGUCUCCAUGCAAGACCACUGCACCGAUUCCCAAAUGGUAAAUUAAAACAAAUUGGGCCACAAAUGGUCCAAGAUGAACACAGGGAUAGCUCAGCUCUGAAGCACGUGAACACUGAUGUGAAACCCAAGAAGCAAUUAUCAGUUCCCGCUGAGUUCUGCAGACAGGGAACAGAACCUUCCAGACGCUUCCUGAUGGACCUGAACACUGGGAUGCUCAAGCGUGGAGUUGGCGAAAUGAACAGAAGAGUUUCAGGAUUGGAUGAGUUCAGACAAGGCACUGAGAACAAGCUGCACACCCUGCAAGAGCUCAGAAUGCGUCCCAUGAUGAGAUCGCAGUACAGCGCUCAGAGCGAAAAACACGAGCAGAGAGCAAUCCCUGCCGAGGUGUACAGAAAAGGCACUGAAACUUCUAGAAACCUCCUGAUGGACCAGAACACCGGUCUGCUCAAAGAACACAGGAACGAGAUGGACAGGAGAGUAGCGGGCUCAGCUAAAUGGGAAGUGGUUUCUGAGCAUGAGGACAUAAGGAGCCAAGACUCUUCUGAACAUAAGGAGAACCACAAAGCAGUUCCUGUUGAGCUCCGCAGGCAGGGAACAGAACCUUCCAGACGCAUCCUGAUUGACACGAACACUGGGAUGCCCAAGGAGGAACUCACCGAAAUGAACAGAAGAGUUUCUGGCUUCUACAAUCCAGCACCUAUUGAGAAGAGGCAAGGAACAGAACCUUCCAGACGCUUCCUGAUGGACAUGGACACUGGGAUGCUCAAGCAUGAAGUUGGCGAAAUGAACAGAAGAGUUUCCGGCUUCUACAAUCCUCCAGCUUAUGAGAUGAGGAAGGGAACCCAGAAUUCUCACCCCACUAUGGUGGAUUCCAGAACUGGACAACUGCUGCCAUCUCUAACAGAGCUGCAGAGGAGCACAGAGCCAUUGGAUGAGUUCAGACAAGGCACUGAGUACCAGCCAUACAUCCUACAGGAGCUCAGAUUGAGUGCGCUGCACAAACAAGACACUGAACCUUCCAGAAACCUCCUGAUGGACCUGAACGCCGGUCUACUCAAAGAACACAGGAAUGAGAUGGACAUGAGAGUAGGGGGCUCAGCUAAAUGGGAAGUGGUUUCUGAGCAUGAGGACAUAAGAAGCCAAGACUCUUCUGAACAUAAGGAGAACCACAAAUCAGUUCCUGUUGAGAUCCGCAGGCAGGGAACAGAACUUUCCAGACGCAUCCUGAUUGACACGAACACUGGGAUGCCCAAGGAGGAACUCAGCGAAAUGAACAGAAGAGUUUCCGGCUUCUACAAUCCAGCACCUAUUGAGAAGAGGCAAGGAACAGAACCUUCCAGACGCUUCCUGAUGGACAUGGACACUGGGAUGCUCAAGCAUGAAGUUGGCGAAAUGAACAGAAGAGUUUCCGGCUUCUACAAUCUUCCAGCUUAUGAAAUGAGGAAGGGAACCCAGAAUUCUCACGCCACUAUGGUGGAUUCCAGAACUGGACAACUGCUGCCAUCUCUAACAGAACUGCAGAGGAGCACAGCGCCAUUGGAUGAGUUCAGACAAGGCACUGAGUACCAGCCACACACCCUGCAGAAGCUCAGGAUGCAAGACUUUGUUAGACCCCAGCACAGUGCUUAAAACGUGUAUGAAAGUCACCGUGUUUAGAAUGGAUGAGACCUGGUGGACAACGUUUGGCUGUGUUCGUACCCUAUGACUGCAUGAAGACCAUCUCAGAACAUCUAGUUGACUUUACUGUUGUAUUCAGAGUUUCAUGCAAUAUUUGGAAUGACCUCACACACGCCAAACGUU